AUGGCAACUCGUUCAACCGUUGGAAUGAUAGCUGAUAAUACAGCUCCUAAUACUUCAAGAACUAGUACUAAAGCAGUAUCAUCUAUUGAUCCAGUUUCUGUUACUUCUAAAAUAGAUGAAAUUCCAAUCAUUGGAACAGAAUCUAAAGCAGUAUCCAUUAAUACAACUCCUGAUACUAAAUUAAUAUCUGAAAUAGCAUCUGUUAAUAUGACUAAUAGUACUAAAAAAACAUUACCUAAAAUAGUAUCUAUUGAUAAUUCUUCACCUUAUAAAACUAUUUCCGGUAUGACAACUAUUUUCAAUCAUUAUCCAAAUUCACAUUUACAAUCUGCUAUAUUAAAUGAUAAAAAAUCAUCGAAUACAAAAAUGGUAACGAAUUCAUUAUUAAAGCCUAUUUUAUCUCAUGCAACAAGUACAAUGAUGAUCUCAGCAUCACAAACUAUUGAAACUAAAAUUACCGAACGAAAUUUCAAAAAAUCAGAUUUGCAAUUAGCGCAAAAAAUUCGUCAACAACAAAAAGAUGAUAAAUUAAAAAUGGAACCAAACUAUAUCCGAUUACGAGCAAGUAGUACCAGUCCAAUUAUUACAUAUAGUCAGUCAGCGCCAAAAACACGAUUAGAUCAAUGGAAAUUAGGAAUGAAUCAACAACAACAACAACAACAACAGCAAUCAAUUAAUCAAAAUUGGAUCAAUAAUAAAAAUAAUAGCAAUAAUGAUAGCGAUAAUCAUAAUAAUAUUAAUAAUAAUAAUAAUAGAAUAUUGCCAUCAUCUUUUUUUUCCAUUUCAUUAUUUUCACUUAUAUUCUUGCUUCGAAUGCUAUCUUUAUGA